AUGUUCCGCGUCCGCCGCGCAGACGGCCAGAUCGAGUUUGUGGACCACGAGGACUUCUACAACGGCCCCUCCGCCGCCAAGCCCUUGCACGUGGUGGCGGUCUUUGGGACGACCUCCGGCGGCAAGUCCACGGCUUGCCGCUUCCUCUCGUGCUCCAUGCAGAUGCCCACGCAGUUCCCCAGCUCCACCAUCGGCCCGGACCAUGAGCCCACGCGGGGCCUGUGGGGCUCGCGCAUGGUGGACAUGGACGGCGCGGAGGUGGUGGUGCUGGACAUUGAGGGCUUCGACAACAGCGAGCAGGACCAAAAGGUCUCCGAGGCCGUUCUGAAGCUCCUGGCGCUGCUGUCGGAGGUCACCUCGGUCUUUGUGCAGGUGAGGCGCACGCCCACCAUCCAGGCGUCGGACCUGGAGUACAUCGCCACCUUCGUGUCCCAGGUGAGGACCACGCUUCUCAAGAGGUCCUUCACUGCCAACGGUGAGGCUGGACCGACGGAUAACUUCCCGGCUCUUCUCAUUGCGCAUGUGCUGCCCCUGCGCAUGGAAGCAUCCGUGGUGGCGGAGAAAUCCUUCGAGAUGACCAAGCAGGCCCUCACAGCCCAACCUGCCGUGAUCAAGACGAUCAAUGAGAACUAUGUGGAGCUGUUCCGAAGGGAGGAUGUGGGUGUCCACUUUGACUAUUUGCCUUUGUACCAGCUGCCGAUGUACCGAAAGUUGCAGAACAUGAUCGACACAUCCACCACCCCAGGGGAGUUGCGGAGAAAUGUCCAGGGCUUGAUUGACAUGAACGAGGAUGAGGCUUCGCCUUUGCACAAGGCUGGGCAGGUUUACUUAGAUGACAUCGACGCCUUGCGGGAUAAGAUUCUGGCGAUGAGUCGGGUGCGGACGGAUGGCCAGGAUCGCACCGUCACGCCGAAGACUUUCCGGCAGCUGUUGAAAUGGGGCGUUCAUGAAAUGAACAAGGUAGGGCCGCUGAGCAACGUUCACUUGUGGGAGAAGAUUGCCAUUGAUGCAUGUACUAAACAGUUGCAAGAGACGAUCACCAAGCUGGAGCUUUCCUUGAAACAUGAAGCUGAUGAAGGAGACGAUUUGUUUGCUGCACUGGAUGCGGCUGAAAGAAAUCUGGAAAGUUUCUUUCAGUCUCUUAAUCUCAAGAAAGAUGGAGAGGUCUAUGCAGCCUGUUCCAAGGUGCGAGCAAGCACAUGGGCACUGGCUUCGGGGCCGUACACAAAGAAGGCAAUGCUCAAGGAAAGGGAACAGCUUCGCAGGGAGGCACAAGAAAGAGAGAAGAAGCUGCAACAGGAGGUUGAGGCUGCUAGGCAGAAAACUCUCGAAGAGAAGCACGAGAGGUGGAAGGACUACCUGCAGCAAAACUUUCCAUGGGUGGCACUGAUGUUUGCCUCGGCGGCGGUGAUUGUUCACAAGUUCAGCACAGCUCUCGCCAGCUGCUUCGACUGCUUUCGGCGGGACCCAUCCCGUGGCCAAGAUGUGGAGCUGGCGAGGAUGCGUCGCUUAGAGCUGGAGCUGAUGGAGACUCGGGCCCAGAUGGGACCGUGGCCAGGCCAGGAAGCCGCAAGAAGAUGA